AUGGAUGAAAGUGAUCCCCGACUAGCAUAUUUCUGGUCCCGGUUUCCUUCAAGUCCGACGCAAGUACCUGCCACGGCGUCUCUGUCUCGCCGCCUUCUCCGAACGGCAAUGACCUGCCUUCUACAGGAUGAGCUUUUUAUCCGGCACAAAUUCAGUACAUUUGAGGCUUUAUUAAUGGUAAUUUACAACCUUUCCCACAAUGAGUCCGUCGACCAAGCAUGGGCUUUGUUAGGGAUGGCGUUGAAUAUUGGCAUUGCAUUACGGUGCAAUGUAGAUCAGAACCUAGGAAGCCUCGUCGAGGCCGAAAGACGGCGACGCUGUUGGGCUGGUCUUUUGACGUUACAUACGUAUCAGGGUAUGCUAUUUCGGGACGUCGAUAUGUCAUAUCUUCUAAACAUCAAGUCCACCUCACCGGCCGAUGUCAAUGAUUCCGAUAUUACGGAUGAAGCCAUCUUACAGCCAUCCAGUCGCGGCGAGAUUACACAGAUGUCAGUCAUGAUGGCCAAGCUUCGCCUGUUUCGACUCUCCAUCCAAAUCUGUCGUCAUAUCUCCGGUCCGUCCCGACUAGAUCAGCAGUUACUCCAUGAAUUCGACGCAGAAAUAGCCGAGGAACAAAAGCAAUGGGAUGCGGCCUAUCUGAUUGACGGGUCUCCCAACAUUUUGGAUGCUAACAGCUAUGCAUAUUGGUGCGUCUUACAGUCGUACGCGCAUCAUCUCUAUCUUCUUCUCCACCGACCGUUCCACCAUUCCAAAGCACCAGAUUUUCUUCCAGCGUCCCGAGAAAGAUGUAUCAACUCUGGAGCGGCCUUGGUAUCCAUCCACAGACAGCUUUACGAAGCUCCGCUACUUCGAAAUUAUCUCUGGCUUCUUAGCGGUGUCACCAGCAUGAAAGCUUUACAUGCAGCCGUGGCCCUUAAUUCAUGUCUUCAAGAUAUUUCAUCAGCAGUGGAUCCAGGAUAUGACUUGAACUUUUUUCGGCAGGAGAUUGAAACAUUGAUUGCUCAUAUGAAAGACCUCUCGGGGAGAAGUUAUAUCUGUCUCAGAGCGUAUCGUAUACUUCAUCAUUUACAGGUCCAGGCUGGAACAGAAAAUCCCCCAACACAAGGCUCCGAGGCUGAAUUUGAAAAUCUAUUUGAAAACUUGAUCGAUAUCCGUGAGUGGAUGGAUCCGGACCUGAUCAAUUCGAACUUGGACGGUGCUUUCAAUAUCUUCGCACCUUGA